GGUUGGGCGGGGCUAGGUGGCGGCCAGGAGGCUCAUCCCCGGUGUCAUGGCGUCCUAACAGCAGCAGACUGAAUGAGAGCAAAAACAAGCGUUUUUUGUCUCCGAGGCCCGACACGCUAUCGCCCUUACCGCAAGCUCACGUCUCCACCGAGGGGCUCGGCCUCGCUUUUCGCCGCCCUCCGGCAGCCAGGAUACACUUGAAUUCCCAGCGUUAAAUCCGACGUGAAGGGUGGAAGAUGGCCGACCCGGCGGAGUGCACCAUCAAAGUGAUGUGCCGCUUUAGGCCGCUCAACAGCUCCGAGGUGACCAGAGGAGACCGAUAUAUCCCCAAGUUCCAAGGGGAGGAAACCGUUGUCAUCGCGAGCAAACCGUACAUGUUUGACCGAGUCUUUCAGUCCAGCACGACACAAGAGCAAGUCUACAAUGCCUGUGCCCAAAGGAUUGUAAAAGAUGUUCUGGAAGGAUACAAUGGAACAAUUUUCGCCUAUGGCCAGACAUCCUCUGGAAAGACACACACCAUGGAGGGGAAUCUCCACGACACAGACGCAAUGGGCAUUAUUCCCAGGAUAGUUCAAGACAUUUUCAACUACAUCUAUUCCAUGGAUGAAAACCUGGAGUUUCAUAUUAAAGUGUCCUAUUUUGAAAUUUACUUAGACAAAAUCCGGGACCUUUUGGAUGUGUCAAAGACCAAUCUGUCAGUGCAUGAAGACAAAAACAGAGUACCUUAUGUCAAGGGCUGCACUGAGCGCUUUGUCUGCAGUCCAGAUGAGGUCAUGGACACCAUUGAUGAAGGCAAAUCCAACAGACAUGUAGCAGUCACAAACAUGAAUGAGCACAGUUCCAGGAGUCACAGUAUCUUCCUGAUCAACGUCAAGCAGGAAAACACUCAAACAGAGCAGAAGCUCAGCGGCAAGCUCUACCUUGUGGAUCUGGCUGGAAGUGAAAAGGUCAGUAAAACAGGAGCAGAGGGAGCCCUCCUGGACGAAGCAAAGAACAUCAAUAAGUCACUGUCGUCCCUCGGUAAUGUCAUCUCGGCCCUGGCUGAAGGAACGGCCUACAUCCCGUACCGAGACAGCAAGAUGACCCGUAUCCUUCAGGACUCGCUGGGUGGUAACUGCCGAACCACUAUCGUCAUCUGCUGCUCGCCUUCCUCUUACAAUGAGGCUGAGACCAAAUCUACCCUAAUGUUUGGACAAAGAGCAAAGACCAUCAAGAACACUGUCACUGUGAACGUAGAGUUGACAGCAGAACAGUGGAAGCAGAAGUAUGAGCGGGAGAAAGAGAAGAACAAGACCCUUAGGAACACAGUCACCUGGCUGGAAAAUGAGCUCAACCGCUGGAGGAAUGGGGAGAGUGUGCCGGUGGAAGAGCAGUUUGACAAGGAGAAAGCCAAGGAGGAGGUGCUGGCGUUGGACAACAUCAUCAAUGAGAAGCCGGCGUCCACACCCAACGUGCCCGGCAUCCGUCUCACCGACGUGGAGAAAGACAAAUGUGAGGCCGAGUUGUCUAAACUCUACAAGCAGCUAGACGAUAAGGAUGAAGAGAUCAACCAACAGAGCCAGCUGGCCGAGAAGCUGAAGCAGCAGAUGCUGGAUCAGGAGGAGCUCCUGGUCUCCUCCCGCCGUGAUCACGAAAACCUCCAGUCUGAGCUGAACCGUCUGCAGGCAGAAAACGAGGCCUCCAAGGAGGAGGUAAAAGAGGUACUGCAGGCCCUGGAGGAGCUGGCCGUCAAUUAUGACCAAAAAAGUCAGGAGGUUGAAGACAAGACUAAGGAAUUUGAAAUGAUCAGCGAGGAGUUGAGCCAGAAGUCGUCCAUCUUGUCAUCUCUGGACUCCGAACUGCAGAAGCUAAAGGAGAUGUCCAACCACCAGAAGAAGCGGGUCACUGAAAUGAUGUCGUCUCUGCUUAAAGAUUUAGCUGAAAUUGGCAUUGCUGUAGGCAGCAAUGAUAUCAAGCAGCACGAGGGCGGAAUGAUCGACGAGGAGUUUACCGUGGCGCGCUUGUACAUCAGCAAAAUGAAGUCAGAGGUGAAGACCAUGGUGAAACGCUGCAAGCAGUUGGAGGGCACCCAGUCGGAGAGCAACAAGAAAAUCGACGAAAACGAGAAGGAGUUAGCCGCCUGCCAGCUCCGUAUCUCGCAGCACGAGGCUAAAAUCAAGUCCCUGACUGAGUACCUGCAGAAUGUGGAGCAGAAGAAGAGGCAGUUGGAGGAGAACGUGGACUCUCUCAAUGAGGAGCUGGUCAAACUCAGCGCUCAGGAGAAAGUCCAUGCUAUGGAGAAGGAGAACGAGAUCCAGUCUGCCAAUGAAGUCAAGGAAGCUGUGGAUAAGCAGAUCCACUCUCACCGUGAGGCGCACCAGAAGCAAAUCAGCAGCCUGAGAGAUGAGCUGGACAACAAGGAGAAGCUCAUCACCGAGCUACAGGAUUUGAACCAAAAGAUCAUGCUGGAACAGGAGAGGCUGAGAGUGGAGCACGAGAAGCUCAAAUCCACCGACCAGGACAAGAGUCGCAAACUGCACGAGCUCACGGUGAUGCAGGACAGGCGGGAGCAGGCCAGGCAGGACCUGAAAGGUCUGGAGGAGACAGUGGCCAAAGAACUGCAGACCCUGCAUAACCUGAGGAAGCUUUUUGUCCAGGACUUGGCCACUCGAGUGAAAAAGAGUGCCGAAAUGGACUCUGACGACACUGGGGGCAGUGCGGCACAAAAGCAGAAAAUUUCCUUUCUUGAGAACAAUCUUGAGCAGCUCACCAAGGUUCACAAACAGCUGGUGCGUGAUAAUGCAGACCUUCGGUGUGAGCUUCCUAAACUGGAAAAGCGCCUACGUGCUACGGCUGAGCGGGUCAAGGCCCUGGAGUCUGCACUGAAAGAGGCCAAGGAGAACGCCGCCCGUGACCGCAAGCGGUACCAGCAGGAGGUGGACCGCAUCAAGGAGGCCGUUAGGGCCAAGAACAUGGCCAGGAGGGGACACUCGGCCCAGAUUGCCAAGCCCAUCCGGCCUGGGCAGCAGCCGGUGGCAUCCCCCACUCACCCGAACAUCAACCGCAGUGGAGGAAGCUUUUACCAGAACAGCCAGACUGUGUCCAUCAGGGGCGGCGGCACCACCAAGACCGACAAGAACUGAAGAGCGAGCAGGAAAUGAGGACACCGCAUAAGAAGCCAAUAGCAACCAACCGCGCCUCCCCCAUCUCCCCAGAGACCCUGCCAUCCCAGCCGCCAACCUAUCAAACCUGUCAUUCCUUUUCAGCAGACAGGCUCCUCGUUUCUGCCUCCGAGCCGCCAAGAAGUCUCUGAUUUAUAAAUAUAUAUACAUAUAAAUAUUUCUGGCUGUACAGCUCUAAGCAUUCACUCCCUGCUUAAACCACACCACCUCCCAAGCACCUUCCUCUCAUCGCGAUGCAUCACUUCCUUCGACAAUAAUAAAAAUAUGGGGAGUUUACAGAAGUUAAUAAUUAUGUCCACUCAACCAACCAAACAGUCUUGAGCGCAGCCUUGGCGAGCGAAACUGCACGCGACUUGAAUGUGUAGCUUUCCUUUUUUUUUUUUAAAUCAGUUUUUUUUGUUUAGUUUAGUUUUUUUUGCACAUGACUGUCAUCGUCGUGCGAGUAGUUUUGCACUGCCCCCAGCUGAAUGUAACGGUAGCAAGACCUGAACAUUACACAAAGAAAGACCAAAAAUAGACCCUAUCCUAUUGUGAGACCUAACUCCAUCUUUUUAGGCCAAUCUUUGUACAUUUCAAAAUUAAUAACACACUUCUCACAGUAGAUUUGACAUAUUUCUUUAGGGGGACAGUAAAAAAAAAAAAAAAUGAUAUACACACACACUCAAAAAACAUGUAAAUGGCUAGAUGGCAUCAAACACUACUGUCGUGUUCAGUCAUACAGAUGUUAAAUCUGCACUAUUGCACACGCUCUCCUGGUCACACAACUGGAUGGUGGUAGGAAGGUGGCUAAGGAGGUGGGCCUAAAAAAAACAAAGCCAAGUUGUGCAACGGUGUACUGUAGAUGUAUUUAACUUAAUACCUGUGGAGGCCAAUUGUUUUUAUGGUUAAGUUAAAGCUGUACUUGUUAUGGUCGUGGGGACGAUGUGAAGAGCAAAUGUAGGAAGGAAGAGAAUGAUCCAGUCAACACUUUUUGAAAAGCUUGUGAUGCUACUUGUGCUCUUUUUGCCUCUCACUGGCGGACGCUAUUUAUAUCUGCAAAUACAGUCGUAGACUUGGGGUGUACUCACCAUCACGCCGCACUUGUCCUGUCCCAGGUGGGUGAAAAAUGUUCUUGAUCCAAAAUCAACUUCAAAGGUUCAUUAUUUGCCGCGUCCCUACCCUCGUUAAUAAAUGUGGCGUGUGUGUCUAUAUGCCCCUUUGGGUUGACUUUUUACUGGGCUUGAUGUACUGUAUCGCUUUCCGUGCUUCUAGAUUGAUAAACUGCGCUCGGAGGGUGACUUGUCCAGGAUCCAAACCCUUUGUUGCUGAUCAGCAAGUCAGAAAAGCAGGGUUAAGAAUUGCACAACAAUCUGUUGUUGCCUGAGGAAGUGUUUAUAUAUAUAUAACAAGUCAGCAGUGUAGGAGUUUUUAAUUAUGGUUCUUUGUUUACGUUAUUCUGUCCCCUCUUUUUUUUUUUUAAACCCAACACAUUUAGUUUUUUUGUACCUCGUAAAGCCCCAGUGCAUUGGCUCAGACCAUAUUUGUGAUUGUAACCCUGCAUGAGAACGCUAACACCAUGUACAAGUGCAAUAUAUACUGUAAAAUACACUGUAUAUCAGAUCACGGGUGAUCACACCCUCUUUCAUACUUAUAUUUAUGCACAGAUAAAACAUGAGCUUGUUAUUUAAGGAAAACGGACCGCACUAAAAGAUUUCCACCAGACUAUACAACAGCUGUGCAAAAUAUGAAUCGGCCUGACAUGUCAACAUGAAAUAUAUUCAUCUAGCUUGAAGAAAGACAUCCGGGUUAACAGCACUUGCUCACUAAAUAAAAGCACUCCAUACGUUUUUGACUAAAAAGGGUGUUGCUUCGCUGAGACGCAGGCUGUACUCACGCCCCCUAAGUCUUGAGACAGGACAGUGUCUGGAUGUCAUCCAAGGUGGUUUAUUCCCUGUAAGCUUCAUAAUAGUCUAGAAUAGUACAAAUCUUUGAAGCACGGACCUCAAAAUGUUGAUCUUUUCUUUGUCCUCCCAAUACAACUGGAUAUCAAAUGGAAACAUAGUUAAAAAGUAAAACAUAAUAUCUGUGGCUCCUAAUUUUGCAUUUGUUCUAAAUUAAAGAAAAUACGGUGUUUGCCACUUUUUUAUUACUGUGUAAUAGUUGGUCACAUUUUAAAGGGCAGGUGUUGUUUUUUUUUUUUUGGAGGGGGGAUCCAUGAGUGGACAAAGGUACUGGAUCAUUCCUGGCUAAUUGAGGCACAAAUAACUAGCUCUGACAUGGACGGAGACUGGAUUGUUGAAAGAGAUCACAGUUUUGGAUUGACUGCAUGAUGUAAAAAUGUAUGUGUGAUUAAAUAAUUAUGAAUAAAUA